UGUGCGUGACUUGCGUGAGUGCUCGGGCUCGGAUUGGAAAUUGGAAUCGUAACACAGGUUUGCACAGGUCCAUCACGUUCCGUGUAACAUUUGCGGAACAAGAAGAAAGGUGUUUUGAAUAAGGGGGAAUAUUUUUUUGAAAGUCGUAUCUAUCUCGCUUCAAUUUCUGUACGCGCAACAUCGUGCUCGUGUUGCACAACUUCAAUUCAUUCCGGAUACAAUUACAAUAAUUACGAAGUAAUGGCAACUCCGAAAGUGUGGGCAACAAUACAACCUCUGGAGAGUCCGGCGAAUCUACUGGAUAUCACGGCGGAACAAUUGGCCGCGAGUAUGCAAGAGAGGGAGUGGAAGAAAUACUUUCACGAGAACAUCUGUGAAGCAGACAAAAAGAUUGGAGAAACGUAUGACGCGAGUGACACUGACAACGAUGAAGUUAUAGCAAAUUUGUUACAAACUCAAUUUAAUCGUGAAUAUGACACGAUGUUGAAGCGUACAGAAGAGAAGUUUAAUCGUGAUUCAAAAGUGAGCAUCUCGUACAGUAAUUACCGUAGUUCUUUAUACGAUAUCAAAGAUGAAGAUUACACAGAUUCCAGCAUGGAUGAUAAUAACAGGGAUUUUGAUCGUUUUGUCAGCAUAGAGAAAGAAUAUGCCUCGAUACCACGUUGCGGUUACAAGAAGGUGGGAAAAAAUUCUCAGAUUGUUACGAAGCAUGACAUGUUAAUGUCUUCCAGGAUUAACGCCUGUCGAGUAUUACAAUUCCCACCAGGAAUUGACACAGGAGACACAGGCGGUUUUGAUGUUAAACUAAACAACAAAGUGUACAACACCUUGCGCGCUUACAGUCACGCACAAUAUUCCAAAGAGAGGGCAAAAGUUUUGCCGAAAUCUAAAACGCAUCCAAAAUAGAAUAUCAAUCUGGAUACGGUUUCUUCCUAAUAGCAGUAUUUUGUACCUCGUCAACGUGCGAUAUGCAUCUUGGUGUUUUAUUAUAUUAAAAUAUUGCAUUAAUAAAAUCAAUCGGUAUCUUAAAUUAUUAUUAUCAAAAACAAAUCAUUUCAUAUAAUUAUUUAUGAAAUAAUAUUAAUUUGAUACUUUAAUAAUUGUGCAAUAUUUAUCAACUCAAAUACUGAUAAAUAUCGCUAAGGGAAUACGGAAUAUCUGUUCUUUUAAUUUUCCGCAAUUAUUUAUGCUCACUUAUUGUAAAUACAUCAAGGUGCUUUCAUAUAAUAAAAUGGAUGAGUUUGUACAUAAUUUAGUUAAAUGUACAGUAUAUAAAAUUGAAAAAACUAAAUCUUUUAAUGGGGAAAUUGUGGUUAGAACUGAAAUAUAUCCUUUACAUACACACGCAUACGCGCACACACGCACACACACACACACAGCAGCAUAAAAAAAAUAUAGAUUCAGCUACAAGAGGAAACAAUUGCAUAAAAUUGCGAAACAGAUGAUGUUGCUGUUGUUCUAUAAAUAGAUAUGACUAUACUGGUUGAUAACCGAUAAAAUUUAAUGUUUCUUUCGCAUCAGACAUAUCAAAUGUACAAAUUAGGCGUAUUACACAUUUUCUUGUUAAAUCAAAAGGUUGUGUAAGUACUAUUGAAUACAAUAUUAAUAAAAAUAAUCAGUCAC